AUGACAGAAGACGGGGAGCUUGGUCGAAGUCCGGAUCGGAAUGCUCAAGCCGGACUUUGGGAGGUUGAACCCUUAUACUACAGUAUACCGGGCCGCACGGAUCGCAGUCGACGGGGCAAGGCGUAUCGCAAACGCACAGACGGCGAAAUUUGCUGCUUUGAAGCGCACGAUGGCAUAGUGUAUAAGCCUGGUGACACCGUUUAUAUAGAAGCGACACCGUCCGAUCCCUAUCUAGUCGGAUCAAUUACAAUGUUUAAAAUGACAAAACGAGAUAUGCUGUCAGUGAAAGUGUCGCGGUUUUACCGGCCUGAGGACGUGCCGGAAGUGUCGCUUAGUCUCAUUUCGCAGGAGCGAUUAGAGAUGAAUUUCCCUGUUGAGCCGAGUCCAGAGGUCCUUUCACGAGAGCUUGUUCACCUCGGAAACCACUGCCUUCCACUCUAUUUCCAGUUUAAGAAGUACACGUGA